UUGCGUCAGUGUGUUUGAGGCCACACGUGGGUGCAGCGUGUCUGUCCAGCGGCUCCGGGAAUGGGGAAAUCAGGGAAGCUUCGCUCCGGUGCGGCCGGUAAAGUGAAACGGUGGAAGAAAGGACACAGCAGCCAGUCCAACCCCGAGGCUCGAAGACACCGAGAGGCCGCCAGGAGCCGCUUCUUCAGCCGCCCCUCAGGAAAAAGUGACUUGACGGUAGAUGCUCUGAAACUUCACAAUGAUCUCCAGUCAGGGUCACUGCCAAUGCCCCAAAAACCCGGGGGCACACAAGAAUACAUGGAAGAUGAGAAUGAGAUGGCGAUAACUGAGAAAUCUGGAGUUUCUUUCCUAAGUGGAUUAUCUGACUGCACUAAUCUUACAUUUGGCAAAGUACAACGAUACUGGGAGUCCAACUCAGCGGCUCACAAAGAGAUCUGUGCCGUGCUGGCUGCUGUUACAGAAGUGAUCCGGUCUCAGGGAGGGAAGGAGACAGAAACUGAAUAUUUUGCUGCUCUGAUGACUACUCUAGAAGCAGUGGACACCCCAGAAUCCUUGGCUGCUGUUGCUUAUCUGCUUCACCUGGUUCUCAGGAGGGUUCCUGGCCCGGUAUUGAUCAAGAAGUUUUCAGACACCUCUAAGGCAUUAAUGGAUAUCCUGGCCACGCAAGCCAAUUCUGGAGGCAGCUCUGUGGGCCGCUGGAUAGUGUCUUGCCUGUCUGUCCUGCUACGCAAGCAGGAGCUUUCUGCAUGGAGCUACCCAUCAACUCUGCAGGUGUAUCACGGAGUACUCAGCUUCACUGUCCACGCAAAACCUAAAAUCAGGAAGGCUGCCCAACUCGGUAUCUGCUCUGUCCUAAAAGGCAGUGAGUUCAUGUUUUCAGAAUCCGCACCAAGCUACCACCCUGCGGCUCCAUCCACCGCUAAAUUCUGCAUCCAAGAAAUUGAAAAGUCUGGAGGUAGUAAAGAAGCCACGACCACGUUGCACAUGUUGGCCUUACUAAAAGACCUUCUACCCUGUUUCCCUGUCACUGUUACAAAGACUUGUUGCGAGACCCUGCUUAAGGUCAUGACCUUAAACAACGUGUUAAUCACAGCGUGUGCGAUGCAGGCGUUCCAUAGCCUUUUCAAUUCGAAUUCACUCCCAUCUUCGUUGACUCCUGAGCUCAAUGCUCAAAUCAUCACAGCUCUUUUUGACUACCUUCCAAACGAGAAUGAUUUGCAGCCUUUGUUGGCUUGGCUGGCUGUCAUGGAGAAAGCUCAUAUAAAUCUCUCUAGGUUGCACAGUGAGCUUUGCCUGGGUCACCUUCCUCGUCUCUUCUCGACGGCUAUGAACUGCUUUUUGUCUCCUCACGGACAAGUUGUAUCUGCAGCUGCUAAGUCAUUAAAGUCUCUCCUUUCAGAAUGCGUUGCUCCUAAUUCAUCCAGCAUAGAGUCUGUCUCUUCCUCUCCAGCAACAGGUUCUGCUAUGCACCUCUGUAAAAUGUUCAAGGUUGUUGAGGACGGUUUAUCAUACAAGUUUCACGCGUCCUGGCCCUACGUCCUUCAGCUGUUGCAGACUUUCUUCGAGGCUGCUGGAAGGUCUUGCCAUCCUUUCAUGAAACAAAGUUUGCAGACCCUUGCCGACUUGCGUGUUUCUGCGCACUUUCCUUACACGGCGGAUCUGGACCGGGCUGUGGGAGCGGCAGUAGAAAGCAUGGGGCCGGAAGUGGUCUUGAAAGCCAUUCCAUUACAGAUAGAUGGCACAGAGGACCUGAGUGACUUCCCUCGGAGCUGGCUCAUCCCUGUGAUUCGGGAUCAUGUUAAAAAUACAGAACUUGGGUACUUCACCCGGUACUUCCUUCCUCUGGCUGUCAACGUUAAGAAUCGAGCCAUUGAAUUAAGCCAGGCUCAGAGAAAUCUUGAAGCCAAAAUCUGUGAGACUCUUCAGUGGCAGAUCUGGACAAUGCUGCCUGGGUUCUGCACUAAGCCUACAGACAUAACCACAUCUUUCAAAGGCAUUGCUCGUACUUUAGGGAUGGCAAUCAAUGACAGACCAGACCUCCGUCUCACUGUGUGCCAAGCUGUGCGCACACUCAUCAGCAAAGGCUGUGAGGAAGAGGCUGACAAAGCUGAAGUGGGCCGAUUCGCCAAGAACUUUCUCCCAAUCUUGUUCAACGUGUACAGCCAGCCGCCUGGUGCAGGUGAAGGAGCAGCAACCAAGCUUCCAAUAUUGGACACGGUUAAAGCCUAUCUCACUAUUACAGACCAGCAGAUGGUCCACAGCUUUCUGGACAAAGCAUGUAGCAAACUGACCGAAGCAGAGACUACGGAGGCUAUGAGAUUGUAUAUGUUGGACCUGAUUGUUGCCAUGGUCCCUUAUGCUGAAGAGGCUUCCAUGACAAAUGUUUACCAAACUAUUCUGCCUUAUCUGGAGGAGAAAAACCACAGCGUGCAGAAGAAGGCUUACAGAGUCCUGGAGGAGAUCUGUGCUGGAGAAAGACCUCCAUGCAAAGAUUUUGUGGAUAAGAACCUGGAAGACCUGAAGAAAACACUGCUGGGUUCUCUUAAAAGUGCUUCAUCACCAGCUAAAAGACCGCGUUUGAAGUGCCUGAUCCAUAUAGUGAAGCAGCUUGGGGUUGACCAUGAAGAAUUUAUGACAUCCAUAAUUCCUGAGGUGAUGAUCUGUACCAGAGAAAUGUCGGUGGGGGCACGAAAGAAUGCUUACACACUCCUUGCAGAGAUUGGUCAUGCUUUCCUCCGAUUCAGAGAUGACCCCAGAGAUGCUAUGGAAAGUUACCUUGCUGUUGUGUACGCUGGAUUGGCUGGCUCUGUGACCAUGAUCAGCUGUGCAGUUUUUACACUUACAAGGCUCCUCUUUGAAUUCAAAGAACAGAUGGGAGUGGAUAUCAUCGAACAUCUUUUACAGAAUGUGUGUCUUCUUCUGAUCUCCAAAACGCGUGAAAUUGUGAAAGCAGCUCUGGGUUUCAUUAAAGUAAUCAUCUUUAUCAUGGACAUAAAAGUUCUCUCUAAACAGCUGCAGAUGAUGAUAGAAGCAAUUGGAAAUAUAAAUAAAGACAUGAGGCGUCAUUUUCGUGUGAAACUUCGAAACAUCUUCACCAAAUUCAUCCGAAAGUUUGGGUUUGAUGUGGUGAAAAAUAUGCUUCCUGAGGAGUAUCAUAAAGUUCUCGUAAACAUCCGCAAGGCAGAGGCAAAGAACAAGAAACAGAAAGCCCUGAAACAGGACUCUUCUCAGGGUGAGGAGGAUGACAAGGAAGCAAAGAUCAAGGGAGACAGCAUUGACGAUCUGUUGGCAGAUACCGACGAUGAAGAUGACGAGAAAGAGAGGCCCAGAAAGCAGCAGAAGAAGCAGACCAAGCAGAAGAGCCAUGCCUGGCUAAAAGAAGGAGAGCAAGAUGAACCACUGAACUUCCUCGAUCCAAAUGCAGCCCAGAGAGUCUUGGCCACAAGACCUGAUGUAAAAGGUGCGAAGCUGAAGCACGACUUUAAAACCACAUCGGAUGGCCGUCUUAUUAUCCCGGAUGAUGAAGCAGAGGAAGAGAAAUCAAAAGUAAAUGUGGAUGAAGAGAUGGCCGAUCUAAUGCAGGAGGUUGGACUUCGAACGAAAAAAGCACAAAAGAAGCGCUUCCGAGAAGUAGACUACGACGAUGAUGAAUAUGCAGUGGGCAGCUCGUCACAGUAUAAAGCUGGUGGCUCAGGGAUUCACAGACCGUUCUCCAAAAAGCCAGAGAUUGGAACGCAUUACAAGUCAAAGAAAGGAAAAGGUGAUGUAAAGCAGAAAGGCAAACAUGAUCCGUAUGCCUACAUCCCUCUUAACAAAGCCACAUUAAAUCGAAGGAAAAAGGCGAAGAUUCAAGGCCAGUUUAAGGGUUUUGUAAAGGCUGCACAGAGAGGGGCACAGACCGGAAGAAAGAAAAGGAAAGAGCGAAAGGCUUGAGCGCUCCUUCGUUUUAUCUCCCUGUUUGGACUUUGUUUGAAUCCGAUUUCUUUAAUAAACAAACUUGUUUUUUUCUUUUUUUUUUUUCCCCCUUGCGCUGCUAUGUGGACUGAUGGAGGGCAAUGCGCAAUCACCAACUCCAGUUUUAAUUAUGGGAGUGGAGGACUCUGCUGUGUUUACAAAUUAUAAAUCCAGUGUCAACAGAGGCGCAUUUUUAUUUUGUUUUUGCCCUGCAUCUAUUUCUAAACCAUGUAGUGCCCUAGAAUUGCUCAUUGGAGCCAUCAGGCUGAUCCCUGUCCAACAUUCUGACACAGAUCGAUCCUGGCUUAUGUUUUAGGAUUCAUUUAGUCAUAAUGUGAAUUGUGUUCUAAAUUACGAAAUACCCACAGUGUGUUCCUUAUUGUGUGGAUCAGCAAAUAUAUAUUGGAUUACAUCACAGCUACACAAGGCAUCCUUGCU